GCUCUCAAUUAACUCACACUCACUUGACUGCUGGAUUUAACUGUUAUAGUCACUUAUCAAAAUGUCACAUUUCUAUGCUGUGGCUCUCUUGGUGUUUACUGCAGGAUGGUGUCCUUGUGCAGCUGAUGUUGGAGAUUUCACUUCAUGCUUGCAGUUCUUCUACAAGUCUUGGCCUCCUAAAGGUUUGGCAGGGACUCAGAUCUGCCAGCGUUAUUACAACCAGUACCGCUUCGCCACAUUGUACAGUCGACCCCGCCGCUCUCCUUGGUUCUCAGCCUACAUGUACGGUGUACCGACAGGAAAGAGGCCCACAGCAUCUUGGAAGUUUGAACCACAGUUAGCGUACCCAGGAGCUGAUGGCAACAUGAUCCCCUUCCCUCCGGGCCCUCUGGACCAGAACGUGGUGGACAGCCAGGCAGUGGAGCCAGACUACAUUAACUCCACCUAUGGUCGUGGCCACUUGAACCCCAGCCUGCACCACAACACCCGUGAGGACCGCUACUCCACCUUCACCCUCACAAAUGUGGUUCCUCAGAAGAAAGGCUCUAAUAGCGGGCCCUGGGAAGUCCUGGAGUGGAAUGUCAACAAAACCUUGGGGGACUACUGUCUCGGAGAGGCUUAUGUAGUGACUGGCAUCAUCCCUUACCAGAAAGACGAUCGCUGGCUCAGAAAUCGUGUUGCUGUGCCUGAGUACCUUUGGUCAGCUUACUGCUGCCCAAAGUACAACAACAGUCUUCCAGAAGAACUGAAGGAUGCCUUCCCCACAUAUGCAGCGAUCGGCCGCAAUGACCGCACCAGCACUGAGGAGAUUGUGCCUAUUAACCAGACGGCAAAGAAACAGUUCAGGGGAUAUGAUGUAAGACAAAUGCCACUGGCAACACUUGAGAUGUAUCUGAAGGACAGGUUUAGCACUGUUGUCAGUGUUUUUUAUGAGCAAUGCUCUGGAUCGGACUGAUCCUGCACAGAUGCUUUGCUAAUGUUAUUCAGUUAUGUUGAUGCUGAUUUAAUUUGAUUCAGACUAAGUAAAAGUACAAACCUUUUCAGUAAGUCGUCCAAAUUUAAAUGACAAAAUACAUAAUUUGUAAUUGCCCUCCAAAAUGACUGAUAGGCAUUUUCUGAUCUGAGGCCUCUAUCGACAGGACGACGUUGCUCGUCAGUGCCUUACAAAACUAUUAAAAAUUACCAUUACAAAAGUUAUCCAUAUGAUAAGUGAGGUGAAGGUCUGGUAUUACUUAGGCACAGUAACUACUUGGUUAAUAUUGAAAAAGAUUGUGGUCAUGGUUAAUAGAAACCAACAUUAACUUCAUAAGAGGAAACAGGUGCACUUCUGCACUGAACUUCUGUUGGAUGCUUUGCCUUAAAGGGGACAUAUCAUGCUUUUGUGAUUUUCUGUGAUUUAUAUACUGUUAUAAUGUCAGAUAUUAAACAUGGUUAAAGACUUGAGGUGAAUAUAUAUAGAAAUGCUCCCUGAAAGUCAAAGCCUGGGCUUCAGCCUGCUCUGAACGCUUCAUUUGCAAAGUUACCUCUACGUAUUUUUUUUUUUUGCUAAGGUUGUUCUAUGGGUUUGUUACAUUGUCCACUUGCAUAUUUCGGAUCUGAUUUCAGCUUGAACAUGUACAGAUGUAUUAGAGAAGUUGACAUUUUGA